GUUCCGCCCCCUCUGGUCUGGCCAUCGAUCCUAUAACAUCCCCCAGACUCCUGUUAGCCACAUUUGCUACUGAUCGUUCCCUCAUACCUGGCUUUGCACCAGCAAUGCGACGAUCGUAAACCUCUCCUUUUCACACUAGGGGCGAUUCUAAUGGUCCCUGCUCUCGGCGUUUAUGGAUAGCCGCGGGACCUUUCUAUUCAUUCUCAUAGCAUUUUAUUUCCUGAUCAACUCUCAGGGUCGUGCUCCCAUCGUUGAUCAUGAUAAGGAGCAUCAGGAAGAGCUUGCUCGAGAACGAGAUGCCCUCAGUCUUCUGAACCAGUCACGAUAUGGAGAUUUCGACGCUCAAGCUGAUAAGUGGCUUCCUAUCGCCGGCUUGAGGAAGAAUGACAGUUACGAGUGGGACCUGCUACCAAACGUCCAGGAUAGGGCCCGUCGACAGUUACAGUCAGCUCUUCUGAGCUCUGGAAUUCAAGCGCCUGAAGGCCUUGAUUCUCGGGAUAGCGCCCCUCAGUUGAACCUCACGCGACUCUUCCUCCCCGUCUAUCGCAACGUCACAAGCAAGCUCCGUGGCGAUUGGGUCCGGCAGACGAUCGACGAACCGCUUGCUGCUAAUCGUUCGCAUAUAAAUGUCACGGCGCUGGUUAUCGAGAAUGAAUAUGUGACCCGUGAGUUUGGUUUGAAUGUCACAGGGGACACUGGAACACUAUAUUUGGAACUGCAUGAGGGGGAAGGGCAAGAGUUGUGGCGAGAUGAUCGCAACGUCAGAGAGGUAAAGGCAAAUCUGGCAAUCGAAAGUGCUUCUUCUCUCAGAAAUAUCUGGUAUCUUUCGCUUUUCGGGGUUCAUUUCCCUGAAUCUGGAGGCAUCAUUCUCAGUACAACGAGCGAGAAAUUCGGAGGGAUAUUCUCUUUGCCCCAUCUUGCUCUUUCGCAAGAUGCUUUUGAUCUCUCUCAUGAUCUUCUGGUAAAGUCAUUGUCGGAUACCAUAUCGGAGAAGCAGAAUAGCCCACCCACGUUCUUUCCAUGGAGCUCCUUGCCUCAUGGCUCUCACGGUGCGGGCUUUCCCACUCCCAAAUGUGAAUAUGUCAUCUACCUCCAACAACAUCCACUGUUCAUCGGUGAUAAGUUAGCAGAAGCGUCAGUGAUUUCGAGGAUCGAGGAUGAACUGAGGUUCCCGGAAGGAGCACCCAUCCCACCACCUCCUGCAAUAAAGAUGUCUGCAGUCGUGUUCUCUCCUGAUUGUGGUUUCAUUUUGGAAACCAAAGGCGCUCCUGAAUAUCCCCCGACUGAUGCUCUCUACCUCACUGGGCCGAAGCAGGAGGAAUAUGGUAAAUACGCGGCACGUCUCAUCUUCAUCAUGGCCUGUGUCUUCGUGGGCCAAAUAUCAUUGCUGUUGCGACAGAUCAAGGAGGCGUCGACGCCGUCUACCAGGAGCCGCAUUAGCUUCUACACGAUUGCAAUGAUGUCGAUAGGAGAUGCAUUCGCUAUUUCUUUCCUUGUUCUGGAGUUGUACGACGAGGUCUCUUUCUUGAUCCUGACGGCGACAUCCUUCCUAGCGUUCCUUUCCGUCAGCUAUAUAGGAAUGCGGUUCAUGAUGGAGAUUUGGGCUGUUCAGGCUCCUGAGCGAAGAGAGCAGGAUAGACAGAAUUCGCAGAAUACAAACGCACGCCAGACCUUGCCUCCGCCUGCUACGGCACCGAGGCCGACAGAUACGGGGGCAACGCCAAUUAUCUUACCGCCUGACCAGGAUGCUCCUGACGAUGCAGAAGCAACAAAUAACGGCGGUACUGGACAGGGGCAGUCGGAUACAGGGAGCGAUGUCGGGGCGAUGUACGCUCGAUUUUACUUCGUUCUAUUUUGCUUGCUCAUUCUGUCCUUGUGGUCUGUCGUGUGGCCAAAUCUGGUAGGGGCCAUAUAUGCGCGGUUCGUGAGCUUUCUGUACCUCUCUUUCUGGGUGCCCCAAAUCUAUCGCAACGUCAUGCGGAACUGCCCGAAAGCUCUGAGCUGGGAAUUCGUCAUCGGCCAGAGCCUCCUGCGAUUGUUCCCUUUUGUGUACUUCCUUACUGUGCCCGGGAACGUCCUGUUCAUCCGUCCGGACACGACUACCGCCUUGGCUAUGGUUGGAUGGGUGUGGAUUCAGAUCUGGGCCCUCGCAAGUCAAGACAUUCUUGGCCCACGCUUCUUCGUUCCCCGCGGUUGGGCGCCGCCAGCAUACGACUAUCAUCCUAUUCUCCGCGACACUUCAGCCUCCGGAUCAGGGGAAGACAUUGAGUCAGGCGGAGUGUUGCCGAUCGGAUUCCUUCGCGCACAGGAGCGGGACUCACUGACGAUCACCAGGACGGACAGCAAUAGUCACACGAGACAACACAAGGAUAAGAGGAAAAAAAUCUUCGACUGCGCUAUCUGCAUGCAGGACAUCGAAGUGCCAGUCCUUUCAGCCCCUGGAGGCGCUGGCCCAAGUAGUGUGGCAGACGGCGCGACGAGCAUUCUCGCACGUCGCGCUUACAUGGUAACUCCUUGUCGGCAUAUCUUCCACAGCACUUGUCUGGAGAGCUGGAUGAGACUGAGACUGCAAUGUCCGAUAUGCCGGGAGUCUAUACCACCUGUAUAGGUUUUUGGUUCAUAAUAUGAUUGGGAUCGAAUAUACAUGGCGGAGUCUUUGUGUGUCUAUGGCGUAUACAGCACUUGUGGGGGUUAUGCUUUUUUUUUUUUUUUUUUUUUUUUUUUUUUUUUUUUUUUUUUUUUUUUUUUUUUUUUUUU